AUGGAAAAUGAGAAGGAUAUUGGUUUGCAAUUUGUUAUGGCUAAAAAAAUGUUUAAAUUCAAAUAUAAUCAACCUGGUUCUGUUGAGUCUGAUAUAAAACUUGAUUAUACAUUCGAAAGGCCUAGUAAUACAAGUUCAUUUUAUAAUGAAAGUGAUAAUAUGGAUGAGGCUUUUCAAAAAAUAUCAGGUCCAAUUAGACAGAAAAGUGUUCUAACAAAAAGAAAAUUUACACCAUUUGAUACAUCUAAGCCAUUUCGCAUUCCAUUCAAAUCACCUACUACUAUUAAUGAUAAUGAUUUUUCUGGUGUUCAAAUUAUUGAUAAGGAUCAAGAAAUUUGCUCAAAUAUGGAGACUAAUUCAACCUUUGAAAUAUCUUGA